GUGUUUUUUUCCAGCGAUAAGUACUAUUUCCGUCUCAUUUGAGAUUUCGAUUCCUAUCCGUACCUUGAUGGUGACUACGCGGAGAUAUUUUUUAAUGGCAUUCGAGGUCCAGCCUCUUUUGCGCAUGCACGAAUAAAUGGGAUACACAGUUUCUGGCUCUCGUUCAGAUAUACAGUCACACAGUCGCGUAUUCGAAGGAGUAGUAAUGCUUUCACUAAAUAAAAAUCAGGCGCAGUUUUUGGUUCUUUAUUUUAUUUUCUUCAUCAUUUUUAUUUCCUCAAAGGCCCAAGCCGAAGAGAAAAAUAUUAACAAGCUGCUGAAUAACCAGGUCGUGGUCAGUCGCCAAAUAAUGUGCAUUCUUGAGAAGAGCGAAUGCGACCAAUUGGGGCAGCAACUUAAAGCUGCUCUGCCAGAAGUUAUCACCAGGAAAUGCAGAAACUGUUCGCCUCAACAAGCUCAAAAGGCGCAAAAGCUAACAACAUUUUUACAAACAAGAUACCCCGAUGUCUGGGCAAUGCUUAUAAGGAAAUAUCAAAGUGUCUAAAUAUAUCACCGGGCUAUUUAUACCCAUGAAUUCAAAAAUAAAAUCGUAGUAUCGUGCCACAUUA